AUGUAUGUCAUACUAAACUCUAAUAUGUUUACUCAGAUUAUGAGAGAGAUUCUCGCGCUAUCCAGAAUUUCUAUACCAACCAUUGCUACCGGUCUACUCAUCUACAUACGAAAUCUUGUUUCCAUGGUGUUUUUAGGUCACCUUGGACACAUUGCUCUCGCCGCUGGCUCUCUCUCCACCGGUGUAGCCAACAUUACCGGUUACUCCAUAAUCUUUGGCAUGGCCAUGGGCAUGGAGACAAUUUGUGGUCAGGCCUACGGAGCGGGCAAAUGGAACCUCUUAGGCCUAACUCUACAUCGAACGAUCGCUAUACUUCUCUUAACUUCCUUACCCAUCUCUUUACUAUGGCUAAAUGUGGAUAAAAUCCUGGUCAAAUUGGGACAAGAUAUUGAUAUAAUUAAUCUAGCGAAGAUAUAUCUUCUCUACUCUCUCCCGGAUUUGAUUGCACAAUCUAUUGUACACCCUCUACGUAUUUAUCUACGUAGCCAAAAUGUCACUCGCCCGGUGGCAAUAUGCUCUUGUAUCGCAUCUUUACUCCACAUACCGCUGAACUACUACUUGGUAAUUGUAUUGAAUACCGGUAUCAAAGGGGUUGCAGCGGCAGUUGUCAUAACGAACUUCAUUUUGGUACUAAUCUUAGUAUGUUACAUUUAUGUAAGAGGACUUUGUAGCAAAACACGAAUUAAACUGUCUCUAGAGUGCUUUAAAGAAUGGGAAUCCAUAUUCUCACUAGCAGUACCAAGUUGCAUAUCUAUAUGUCUCGAAUGGUGGUGGUACGAACUGUUGAUAAUUUUAUGUGGGCUUUUAAAAAGCCCAGAAAUAACCAUAUCGGCGAUUGGGAUUCUCAUUCAAAUGACUGCAUUGGUCUAUGUUUUUCCUUCAUCUCUGGGCUAUGGAGUGUCGAUUCGGGUAGCCAACGAGCUCGGUGCUGGGAGGCCAGAGAAAGCAAAGAGAGCCGCAAUAAUGGGCACACUGUCAGGAUUCUUGCUAGGAUUAUUCGCCGUGACAUUCAAUAUAUCAGCAAGAAGAUGGUGGGGCCCGAUGUUUACAGACAAUGCUGGGGUUCUUGAGCUUGUGUCUUCAGCGUUGCCAAUUGUGGGGUUGUGCGAGCUAGGGAACUGCCCGCAGACCGUAAUGUGUGGAGUUUUGAGGGGAAGCGCACGUGCAGAGAUCAGUGCACGUCUAAACUUGGUCGGGUUCUAUGGAGUGGGGUUGCCCGUUGCGUUGUGGUUUGGUUUCUGGAUGGGGUUUGGGUUUGUCGGGUUGUGGGUCGGAUUGCUUGCAGCGCAGUUGUGGUGCGUAUUGGGGCUUGGGGUUGUGGUGCUGAGGACUGACUGGGCUCUGCAGGCUAAGCGUGCAGAGGAGUUAACAAGUUUAGGUGAAGUUUGUGGGGAAGAUGGGGACGAGUCGAAGGGUGAAAAUGAAGGGAGAGUGAUUGUGCUGGUUGAUCCUUAA